AUGACGGCCAAGGACUUUGAAAAGCUCAAGGUUGACAAAUCUCGAAUGAUGGAUACUCUUCACCAUACAUGUUCAUGGGGGACUGGGCUUAGAUGGGGGAGCAACCCCACAGACACAGGCAUGUCCCGUCUAUCUCUCUCAGACGAUGACAAAAAGGCCCGUGACUGGUUCAUCGAGACAACAAAGUCCCUGGGCUGCAAGAUUACAGUCGACGCCAUUGGAAACAUCUUUGCUGUUCGUCCUGGUCGUCAAGAUGGGCCUCCUACUUUGGCGGGUUCCCAUCUGGAUACUCAACCAACAGGCGGCCGAUAUGAUGGUAUCUUGGGUGUAACAGCUGGCAUUGAAAUGCUUAAGCUGCUCCAGCAGCACAACGUCGAGACUGAGUUUCCCAUGGGUGUUGUCAACUGGACAAAUGAGGAGGGUGCUCGCUUUCCUAUCAGUAUGAUGGCUUCUGGUGUUUGGGCUGGGGCAACUCCCCUUGAAAAGGCUCACAACACCAAAGAGGUCGGAGGAGAUGCGACAGUCAAGUCUGAACUGGAGAGGAUCGGAUACUUAGGGCAGACUCCCGCCAGCUACAAGGCCACUCCUAUUGGUGCGCAUUUUGAGCUUCAUAUCGAGCAGGGCCCUAUUCUUGAGCGAUCAAAGAAGAAUAUCGGCGUUGUUCAAGGUGUUCAGGCUUACAGGUGGUUCACGAUCAACGUCCAGGGAAGAGCUAACAGGUUAGAUGCACACACUGGCUCGACGCCCUUUACCGAUCGAGCUGAUGCUCUUCUUCUGGUUUCUCGACUCAUCACACACUCCCAUCGCCUUGCUACAAAGCACAACGCCCUUGCUUCGACGGGUAUCCUCAACCUUACCCCUGGCAGUACCAACACGAUCCCCGGACAUGUCAGCUUCACUAUGGACAUUCGGGCACCCGCAGAUGAGACUGUUGAGUUGGUCGAGAAGGAAAUGAAGAGAGACUUUGGGCUCCUGGCCCAGGGCACCGAUGUUGAUGGACUCCUCACCGGUUCAACUCCAAGCCUGCCUCUGUCCUUGACCUGGCAGACUGACACCAUCUCUACGGCAACCAAGUUCCACCCGGACUGUAUCCAAGCGGUCCGAGAGUCUACCGAGUCUGUCCUCGGAACCAAGGAUGGCAUGAUUGACAUCUCUAGCGGUGCUGGUCAUGACAGCGUUCACACAAGCAAGCACUGCCCCACUACCAUGAUCUUUAUCCCCUGCAAAGGAGGUGUCAGUCAUAACCCAGAAGAGUACUCGACUCCAGAGGAAUGUGCUAUUGGGGCCGAGGUUUUGUGUCAGGCGGUUUUGCGGUAUGAUCAAAAGAGGCGCUAA